UAAGAGUUAUCUAACACCGCAAAAAUAAAAAUCUAUCUCUCAGUUUAUACAAAUAUUCGCCUACUUUUUUGCGAUGGACCAUGAAUAAUUACUAAAUAAACCAUACUAAAUCCUUUUUGUGCUCGUAGCAACUGUCCAAUGGAUAUGAAAUUUGUUCUAAAGAUAUAUCCACUACUAUCUCCAUCUCUAAUUUUCCAUCAAUGCCUGCAGGGCUCAGAUGAUGAUGAUGAGGCCCCCCUUCCAUACAAUUUCUUCUGUUCUUCUUGCGAUGCCAGAGGGAAGCCAAACAGUGGACAUGGGGGAACGCCGUCUCGGUUUAUCCUGUCGCACAGGAUCGGAUCCCGACCUCAUAUCGAAUCUCCGUUGCACAAUGCCAUCCACUUUCGAUAUACUCCGAUCCACCCCAACUACCGACCACGGAACCAGCUGAACCAUCUGAAAUAUCCAAAAGUGCACUGGAAUAAGGAACUAUAUUUUGGUUUAACAAUAAUAGAUUUUAUAUUCCCUUUAGAUUUAUAAAGGAUUUGCUCAGAAAUCGUUAAAAUA